UUAAGUAAUCUUCUCUCUGUUAACGAUGAUAUUUGCGUUGGAAUCAAUUCUCCUCGUUUGCACUUGAUAUGUAGGUGAAUAUGUAUGUGAUUUUGACAUUUCAUAUUUUUGGAUUCUAGUCAAACUACCAAUUUGCAAAAUAUGGCUUCUGGUGGAGCACCUGAUGGUCAACCUCCUGCUGCGGUUGAAGCAGGAAGCAAUGAUUCGGCUAAAGAAGCAACAUCAAAACCCUCUGCUUCUGGGUUAUCAUCAUGGGCCAGAAAUUUGAAAGUUCCCCAACCAUUUUCUUCCAUGCGAAAUGACUCCGAGGUUGAAAGUAUGGAAAAGUCUACCUUUGCACGAUUUACAAGUGGGUUAGGGCUUCGUUUAUCUCCAAAAUCUCAAUCAGAUGAUAGCUCUGAUGGAGCGUCAAAUGCGGCACAAUUUGGUUUCAUCGGGACAAUUACAAAAGGAUUAGUUGACUCAUCGAUGAGUGCUGUGAAGGCUGUACAGGUCAAGGCUCGUCAUGCUGUAUCCCAGAACAAAAGAAGAUACCAGGAAGGAGGAUUUGAUUUGGAUUUGACGUACAUAACAGAGAACAUAAUUGCAAUGGGGUUCCCUGCUGGUGAUAUGAGUUCUGGUUUUUUUGGAUAUGUUGAGGGUUUGUACCGCAACCAUAUGGAAGAAGUAAUUAAGUUUCUUGAAACUCGCCACCAGGGAAAAUACAAGGUUUACAAUCUUUGUUCAGAGAGGUUGUAUGAUGUAUCGUUAUUUGAAGGAAAGGUUGCCAGUUUCCCAUUUGAUGAUCAUAACUGCCCGCCGGUCCAUUUGAUCUCAUCAUUUUGCCAAAGUGCUUACUCAUGGUUAAAGGAGGACAUAGAGAAUGUUGUGGUUGUGCACUGCAAAGCUGGAAUGGCAAGGACGGGGCUUAUGAUCUCAAGCCUUCUGCUGUAUCUGAAGUUCUUUCCGACAGCUGAAGAGUGCAUGGAUUUCUACAACCAGAAAAGAUGCGUGGACGGAAAAGGGCUUGUGUUACCUAGCCAAAUUAGGUACGUGAAAUACUUUGAACGGAUUUUGACAUAUUUCAAUGGGGAAAACCAACCGGGUCGCAGGUCUAUGCUUAGGGGUUUUCGGCUUCACAGGUGUCCGUAUUGGGUCAGGCCAUCCAUCACUGUUUCAGACCAUAACGGUGUUCUCUUCUCCACCAAAAAACACACAAGGACGAAGGAUCUCUCGCCGGAAGACUUUUGGUUCAGUGCACCAAAGAAAGGGAUUAUGGUCUUCGCCCUACCGGGAGAGCCUGGUCUGACUGAGUUAGCUGGGGACUUCAAAGUCCAUUUUCAUGACCGUCAAGGAGAUUUUUACUGUUGGUUAAACACGGGAAUGAUGGAGAACAGGAAGAUUCUGAAUACAGAUGACCUCGAUGGGUUCGACAAGAGGAAGCUACCUUCGCCUGGAUUUCAGAUCGAAGUUGUUCUUGCUGAUAUCUGCUCUACUUCCCCUGCAACAACCCCUCGUUCACAAACAAAAACCGAGACACCGAAAGAAACUUCAUCUAAUUGUCCCCCGGUUGAGAACAUUGAAGCGGAUCCAGAAUCGAAGAAAGAAACCGGGAACUCUAAUAAAGAUGAUGUAUUCUCUGAUAGCGAACACAGAAAACGGCACUCGGGUUCAUGUGGUCCGAGUGAAACUCCCCCCAUUACCCAAACUACUGAAUCCAAACGAAGCCCGGAUCAAGUUUCCAAGGUAACACAAGCAUUUGAGAAUGUCUCUAUCUCGGGAAUCCCGGGAAAUGCUGAAGCAGCCGAAAAGAAGACCUCGAGUUUAGAUGCUGCAAACUCAGAGAGCGAGUUCAAGGUAAUGGCAGCUGAUGCGUCAGUGUUUACGUUUGGAGACGAAGAAGAGUAUGAAAGCGAGUGAAGGAAGUCUCAUUGAUGAAUCUGUACAUAAAAAGAUUACCCAAAAGAAGAAAAUUCAGUUCUAAAUUAUAUUAUUACAUGUUCAGUCAACAUUCAAUUUCAUUUUUGUCGUUAUUUGUGAUGUCGAAGUAUACUUUUAUAUUGCUCGUGCUGCGUGAAAUAUACAUGUACUGCACACAAGUCACAUUUAUGUUGUUGAUUAUGUCUUACCAUUUUGUCGGUUA